AUUUCAAAUCCAAACACACCACCACCGCACCCACCAAAUCGGAGUGAGAGAUGGAGAGCGAUGGCUAAUUUGACCUAAGCCGCUGUGUAGAUAGAUAGAGAAAGCUGCGUAUCCAGAGAUUCAGGAGGCAACAACGAUGUCGGAGAAGGAGGGGUUUCCGAAUCUCAACCUGCUGAAUGCAGCUCCAAUUGGAUGUAAUAAUAAAGUCGAGGAGGCAGCUAGGCCGUGCCCUCAGAUUUUGGCCAGGCGAAAACUGGCUGACAUUAGCAACCUGCCACAGAAUUGGAAGUCACAGCCAAUACCUACGACUAUUACUAAAGAGUAUGUUGAACAGCUCCGGAAGGAAAACGUGGCUUUGGCGAUGAUGUUGGCGCAGAGAAACAAAAUAAUUGAACAGAGUGGAAUUGAGCUAGAAAAACUGAGGUCGAAUUUUAUUAAAAUGAGGGAUCAGAAUCAACAACUAGCUCUGUCACACACCCUCUUGCUUGCGGAACUAAAUUCACGUAAAGAUAGGUUGAAACAAUUGCAACAUGAGCUUGGAUGCAAAAAUGGUUCGCUUCAAGCAAGGAAUUCCAAACUUGAGGAGAAUGUGAUUAAGGAAGACGAGCCCUCAAAAGAAGGCGAAGAUCAUAAAAAGCCUCGUAAUGCCAAAAAGAGAACACGUUCACUCUGUUUGGGCUCGUCUGAAGAAUCGCAGUCCAAGGAUGAUGCUGGAAAUAGACUCCCAGUGAGGAGGCACUCCUCUAGGUUUGAGGUUUUCAAACCAGAUGACGAUAGUGUGUCUGAGAUGUAUGAUCCCAAAAUUCCCAAAUGUUCGCUUCCUGAUGCAUCGGUUAACAAUGAAGAGCAUGUUGCUAAUAGACCCUCUGGGAGGAGGCAAUCCGCUAGGUUUAAGUCCGCCACACCGUCUCCAAUUCCUGAUGAAACCGUCCAGGAGAAUGGCUCAUCUAUUGCUGAAAUGUCGGUUAUAAAUGAAGGCCAUGCCGUACAAAGACCCUCUGUGAGGAGGCAAUCCACUCGGUUAAAGGCCGUCACACCGUGUCCAAUUCCUGAUGAAACAGUCCACGAGAUUUCGGUUGAGACAGUCCAUGAGACUUCUGUUGAAACUUCGGUUAUAACUGAAGGCAAUGAUAUGAAGAGACCUUCUGUGAGGAGGCAAUCCACUAGGUUAAAGGCCGUCACACAGUGUCCAAUUCCUGAUGAAACAGUCCACGAGACUGCGGUUGAAACAGUCCACGAGACUGCGGUUGAAACAGUCCACGAGACUGCGGUUGAAACAGUCCACGAGACUUCUGUUGAAACAGUCCAUGAGACUUCUGUUGAAACUUCGGUUAUAACUGAAGGCCAUGCUAUACAAAGAACCUCAGUAAGGAAGCAAUCCAUUAGGUCUAGGACCAAAAUACCAAAACAGGCAGAUGAUCCGUCUGAGAUGGACUGUACCAUAUCUACCAACUGCACGUCUCUUGAUGAGCCCGUCCCACCUGUCACAGACAGUGGCUCCACUUCUGCAGACACACCCGUUGAGAAUGAAAACGACGGAAGCUGUUCUUCUGGUUGGGGCUGUGAUUCACAAGGGUCUAGAAAACCAUCUUUAGGCAGGCCAUCACGCGUGGCUACAAGAAAGGUUCAAACCUACAGGGAGAGAUCUUUGAAAGAUAAAAUGCGUAGACCGGUGUGAGCAAACUAUGUUUGUAGGUAAGACUUUGUUGUUGUCGUCGUCGUCCAUAUAUUGUUCACUUUUUGAAUAUUAGAUUCUUCUAACUCCUACUGUAAAAUUAGGCAAGAGAUGCUUCUUUUAGUAUGAUUAUGGCAUGGAAAAAUUAGAUUGAUUAUGUUACAGACCUAUCCAUGUGAACUCUUUUAUGUAGCCUAUUACCCAAACGCCUUUGUUGGUCAUGAUGAUUAGUGUGAUUUAAUUUA